AUGACUGAGGCUCACCGUUAUGUCCGCAGCGUUGCCCCGACGCUAAUCCUGGUGCCGGAUGCCCUGAUCAAUACGUGGAUUACAGAGGUGGAGAAGCAUUUCGGCGACUCUUUGACGCUAAUCAUCUUCUUCGAUUCCAACACUGGAGACCGGCGCCGCAAGCUGGUGGAGCUCCAGAAACCCCUCGAUAAGCUCGACCUCACCGUCCGUCCACCGACCACAACUGAGACUGUACUGUCACCGGGUGGCUUGGCCAGACAGCAGACAGCUUUAGUCGGGUUCCGUGACCCCAGUUUUCCGCUAGAGACGGCAGGCUAA